GGGCCUCGGAGGAGAGGUGCUCCCGUUGUUGUUUUUUUCCGCCCCCCCUCGACUCCUGCAGACCGAAAACUCUAGUGUCCGGUCAACUCGCCGAGCCCCGCGCGCCCGCCGGCUCCAGGUUUGCGCUCGGACUGUUUGCGUUUUGGCGGAACUACGGGGCAGGAAGAUUGCACAAGUCGGGGGCGUUUCCAAUCGGGUGUCAAUUUUUUUUUUUAUCUUCCCUCCCUCCUCUUUCGGAUCUUGCCUGGUUCUCCACGUUUCACUUGAAAAAGAAAACAAACAAACAAACAACAAAACUAUAAUCUCCGCACCACCUAACUCAUCCCCUCCCUGCGCAUCCCCCAAGCGGUUCCCGAGGCCCGAACUCGCGCACAGGAGUCUCAGCGCCGCGGGGAAGCGGCGGUCCCCGGGCCAGCAGGUAUUGAUGUCAAGCCGGAUCUUUAUUCAGAGUGGGAAGUCUUGAGGAGAGGAUUUGGGAAAGUCUUUGGAUUACAUUGAAAUUCAACCAAGAUGGCCAAAUACGGGGAACAUGAAUCUGGGCCUGAUGACGGGCAGAAUGAAUUCAGUGACAUCAUAAAGUGCAGGUCUGAUGAGCACAAUGACGUCCAGAAGAAAACCUUUACCAAAUGGAUAAAUGCUCGAUUUUCAAAGAGUGGGAAACCACCCAUCAAUGACAUGUUCACAGACCUCAAAGAUGGAAGGAAGCUCCUGGAUCUUCUAGAAGGCCUCACGGGAGCAUCACUGCCAAAGGAACGCGGCUCUACGAGGGUGCACGCCUUAAACAACGUCAACCGCGCACUGCGGGUUUUGCAUCAGAACCACGUGGAGCUGGUGAACAUCGGAGGGAGUGACAUCGUGGAUGGCAAUCACAAACUGACCCUGGGCUUGCUCUGGAGUAUCAUUUUGCACUGGCAGGUGAAGGAUGUCAUGAAGGAUAUCAUGUCAGACUUGCAGCAGACUAACAGUGAGAAGAUCCUGCUGAGCUGGGUGCGACAGACCACCAGGCCCUACAGCCAAGUCAACGUCCUCAACUUCACCACCAGCUGGACCGAUGGGCUCGCCUUCAACGCGGUGCUCCACCGACAUAAACCAGAUCUCUUCAGCUGGGAGAAAGUUGUGAAAAUGUCUCCAAUUGAGAGACUUGAACAUGCUUUCGGCAAGGCCCAGGCUUAUUUGGGAAUUGAAAAGCUGUUGGAUCCUGAAGAUGUGGCUGUGCAACUUCCUGACAAGAAAUCCAUAAUUAUGUAUUUAACAUCGUUGUUUGAGGUGCUUCCUCAGCAAGUCACGAUAGAUGCCCUCCAAGAGGUGGAGGCACUGCCCAGAAAAUAUAAGAAAGAAUGUGAUGAGGAAGAAGUCAAUAUGCAGAGUACGGCCUUGGUGGUGGAGCAGCAGAGUCCCCGAGCGGAGACCCCCAGCACCGUCACUGAGGUCGACAUGGACCUGGACAGUUACCAGAUAGCUCUGGAAGAGGUGCUGACCUGGCUGCUGUCGGCUGAGGACACUUUCCAGGAGCAGGAUGACAUUUCUGAUGAUGUUGAAGAAGUCAAAGAACAGUUUGCCACCCACGAAACUUUCAUGAUGGAGCUGACAGCACGCCAGAGCAGCGUGGGGAGCGUGCUGCAGGCCGGCAACCAGCUGAUGACGCAGGGCGCUCUGUCCGAUGAGGAGGAGUUUGAGAUCCAGGAGCAGAUGACGCUGCUGAACGCGCGCUGGGAGGCACUCCGGGUGGACAGCAUGGACAGGCAGGCCCGGCUGCACGACGUGCUGAUGGAACUCCAGAAGCUGCAGCUACAGCAGCUGUCGGCCUGGCUCACCCUCACCGAGGAGCGCAUUCAGAAGAUGGACGGCUGCCCGCCGGGGGACGACCUGCCCUCUCUGCAGAGGACUCUCGAGGAGCACCGAAGUUUGCAAAAUGAUCUCGAGGCUGAACAGGUGAAGGUCAACUCCUUGACGCACAUGGUGGUGAUUGUGGACGAGAACGGCGGCGAGGGCGCCACGGCCGCGCUGGAGGAGCAGCUACAGAAACUCGGUGAACGCUGGACUGCAGUGUGCCGCUGGACUGAAGAACGAUGGAACAGGUUACAAGAAAUCAAUAUAUUGUGGCAGGAAUUAUUGGAAGAACAGUGCUUGUUGAAAGCUUGGCUCACCGAAAAAGAAGAGGCUUUGAAUAAAGUCCAGACCAGCAACUUCAAAGACCAAAAGGAACUGAGUGUCAGUGUUCGGCGUUUGGCUAUUUUGAAGGAAGACAUGGAAAUGAAGAGGCAAACAUUGGACCAGCUGAGUGAGAUUGACCAAGAUGUGGGUCAGUUGCUUGACAAUCCCAAGGCCUCCAAGAAAAUGAGCAGUGACUCGGAAGAGCUGACUCAGAGAUGGGAUUCCUUGGUUCAGAGGCUAGAAGACUCCUCCAACCAGGUGACUCAGGCUGUCGCAAAGCUGGGCAUGUCCCAAAUCCCUCAGAAGGAUCUUCUGGAGACUGUGCAUGUGAGAGAGCCAGGAACUGCAAAGAAGUCCAGGCAGGAGCUGCCUCCUCCUCCCCCGCCCAAGAAGAGGCAGAUCCAUGUGGACAUGGAAGCUAAGAAAAAGUUUGAUGCUGUAAGUGCAGAACUGUUGACCUGGACUUUGAAAUCAAAGACUGCCAUUCAGACCGUGGAGAUAAAAGACUACAAGAAGAUGCAGGAGGCUUCAGAAAUGAAAAAGAAAUUGAAGGGAUUAGAAAAAGAACAGGCAGAAAGAACCCUUCAACUGGAUGAAUUAAACCAAACCGGGCAAAUCCUUUUGGAGCAAAUGGGAAAAGAAGGUCUUUCAACUGAAGAAAUCCAGAGAGUCCUGGAAAGGGUGUCAUUGGAAUGGAAGAUGGUUUCUCAGCUCCUGGAAGGCCUGGCUGGAAAGAUCCAGCUCCAUGAAGAUAUAAAUGCAUAUUUAAAACAGCUUGAUGCCCUUGAGAAGGUCAUAAAAGUGAAGGAAGAGAGGGUGCAGCACACACCCUCUUCCGAAUUACCCCGACACUCCCUGCUGGGACUCAAGGAUACCUGCCAGCGGGAGCUGACAGAUCUCCUCGGCCUGCACCCCAAAAUUGAGACGCUGCGUGCAAACUGCUCAGCCCUGAAGUCUCGGCCUUCUGCCCCCGGUUUUGUCCAGCAGGAGUUCGAUGGCUUGCUAAGCCACUUCGAGGCCGUGCAGAAAGCGUUAGAGGAUCGCCAGCGACAGCUAGAGAGUGCACUGAAGAGCCAGCCUGGGCAUGAAUACUUGGAAACAUUGAAAACACUGAAAGAAAUGCUAAAUGAUUUAGAAAACAAAGCCCAGACAUCCCCGAGUGACCUCAGUGAUCUAACAAUGGCGGAGAAGGCCCUGCAAGAACGAAAGGCCCUCGAUGAAAUCCUUGAGAACCAAAAGCCCACAUUAUAUAAACUUACAGAAGAAACAAAGGCAUUGGAGAAAAGUCUGCUUCCUGAUGUAGAAAAGGCGUAUAAACAAGAAUCUGAGGAUAUCCAAGGAAAGUGGAAGAAACUUAAGGCCAAGUUUUCCAAAGACUUACAUUUGCUUGAAGAAAUUACAUCCAAGCUCAGAGCUUUUGAGGCUGAUUCAAAAGUCAUUGAGAAGUGGAUGGAUGGUGUGCAGGACUGCUUAAGGAAGGAGCAGGCUGACCAGGGAGAUGCUGCUGGGCUGCAGAGACAGCUUGACCAAUGUGCUGCAUUUGUUAAUGAAAUUGAGACAAUGGAAUCGUCUCUGAAAAACAUGAAAGACAUUGAGACUUACCUUCAGAGCUGUCCAGUCUCUGGAAUGGAAACUUCUGUGCAGACAAGACUGGCUGACUAUCAAACCCAACUGGAGAAAUUCAGCAAGGAGAUUACUAUUCAAAAGAGUAGGUUGUCUGAAAGUCAGGAAAAAGCCGUGAACUUGAAGAAAGACUUGGCUGAGAUGCAGGAAUGGAUGACCCAAGCCGAGGAGGAAUAUCUGGAAAGAGACUUUGAGUACAAGUCUCCCGAGGAACUGGAGAGUGCUGUGGAGGAAAUGAAGAGGGCCAAAGAGGAAGUGCUGCAGAAGGAGGUGAGGGUGAAGAUUUUGAAGGACAACAUCAAGCUGUUGGCUGCCACGACGCCCUCUGGCGGCCAGGAGUUGGCAUCUGAGCUCAACGUUGUGCUGGAGAACUACCAGCUCCUCUGCAACAGAAUUCGAGGGAAGUGUCACACUCUGGAGGAGGUCUGGUCCUGUUGGAUCGAACUCCUUCACUACCUGGAGCUUGAGAGCACCUGGCUAAGCACCCUGGAAGAGCGGGUGAAGAGCGCCGAGGCCCUGCCCCAGAGGACGGACGCCGUCAACGAGGCCUUAGAGUCUCUGGAAUCUGUUUUGCGCCAUCCAGCAGAUAAUCGCACCCAGAUUCGGGAACUCGGGCAAACCCUGAUUGAUGGUGGGAUCCUUGAUGAUAUAAUCAGCGAGAAACUAGAGGCUUUUAACAGCCGCUACGAAGAGCUGAGUCACCUGGCGGAGAGCAAGCAGAUUUCUCUGGAAAAGCAACUUCAGGUCUUGCGGGAAACUGACCACAUGCUCCAAGUGUUGCAGGAGAGCCUGGGCGAGCUGGACAAGCAGCUUACCACCUACCUGACGGACCGGAUAGACGCCUUCCAGCUUCCUCAGGAAGCUCAGAAAAUUCAGGCAGAGAUCUCGGCCCACGAGCUCACUCUGGAGGAGCUGAGAAGGAAUCUCCGCUCCCAGCCUCCCACCUCCCCGGAGGGCAGGGCCAGCCGAGGAGGAAGCCAGGUGGACGUGCUGCAGAGGAAACUUCGAGAGGUGUCCACCAAAUUCCAGCUCUUCCAAAAGCCUGCGAAUUUUGAGCAGCGCAUGCUGGACUGCAAACGCGUGUUGGAUGGUGUGAAGGCUGAGCUUCAUGUCCUGGAGGUGAAGGAUGCUGACCCUGAGGUCAUCCAGACGCACCUGGACAAGUGCAUGAAACUGUAUAAAACUUUGAGUGAGGUCAAACUCGAAGUGGAGACUGUAAUCAAAACAGGAAGACACAUUGUCCAGAAGCAGCAAACAGACAACCCAAAAGGGAUGGAUGAACAGCUGACUUCCCUGAAGGUCCUCUACAAUGACUUGGGCGCACAGGUGACCGAAGGAAAGCAGGACCUGGAGCGAGCGGCUCAGCUGUCCCGGAAGGUGAAGAAGGAGGCAGCCGGCCUUUCCGAGUGGCUUGCUGCCACGGAAGCGGAAUUGGUUCAGAAGUCCACUUCCGAAGGGGUCGCUGGUGACCUGGACACAGAAAUCUCCUGGGCUAAAAAUAUUUUGAAGGAGCUUGAAAAGAGAAAAGCCGACUUAAGCACCAUCACAGAGAACAGUGCUGCCCUUCAGCAUCUCAUCUCCGGCAGCGAGGCUGUUCUUGAAGAGAAGGUCUGUGUCCUCAAUGCUGGCUGGAGCCGAGUCCGCACCUGGACGGAGGACUGGUGCACUACCUUGCUGAACCAUCAGAAGCAGCUGGAGAUCUUCGACGGGAACGUUGCUCACAUCAGCACCUGGCUUUACCAAGCAGAAGCGCUGCUGGACGAAAUUGAGAAAAAGCCGGCAAGCAAACAGGAAGAAAUCGUGAAGCGUUUACUGUCCGAGCUGGAUGAUGCCAGCCUCCAGGUUGAAAACGUCCGUGAUCAAGCCAUCAUCUUAAUGAAUGCCCGUGGGAGUGCAGGCAGGGAGCUUGUAGAACCCAAGUUAGCUGAACUAAAUAGAAACUUUGAGAAGGUGUCUCAACACAUCAAAAGUGCCAAAGUGCUGAUUGGCCAGGAAUCAAUAUUGUACCCAUGUUUGGCCCCCACUGGAGCAAUUGAAGCUGGCGUGGCUUCCUCUGACUUGGAGACUUUGGAAAAUGACAUAGAAAAUAUGCUGAAAGUUGUGGAGAAACAACUGGAAUCCAGAGAUGACAAUGAAAAGGUGGAUGAGGAGAGAGCUCAGAUUGAGGAAGUUCUACAAAGAGGAGAACACAUACUGCAUGAACCUAUGGAGGACCGUGAAAAAGAAAAGAUCCGUUUGCAGCUCUUACUUUUACACACAAGAUAUAACAAAGUCAAGGCAAUCCCUAUUCAACAAAGGAAAGCAACUCAACUUUCUCCUGGGAUUAGAUCAUCACCUUUCCCUGCAGAUUAUCUGGUUGAAAUUAGCAAAGCCUUACUUACCAUGGAUGAUGUGGAGUUAUCCCUUAAUGUUCCUGAGCUCAAGACUGCUGUCCAUGAGGACUUCUCAUUUCAGAAAGACUCCCUCAAGAAUAUCAAAGACCAACUGGACAAACUCGGAGAGCAGGUCGCAGUGAUUCACGAAAAGCAGCCAGAUGUUGUCCUUGAAGCCUCUGGACCCGAAGCCAUUCAGAUAAGGGACAUGCUCACUGAGCUGAAUGCAAAAUGGGACAGAGUUAAUAGGAUGUACAGUGAUCAGAAAAGCUAUUUCGAUCAGGCUGUGGAGGAUUGGAGACAGUUCCACUGUGACCUGAAUGAGCUCACACAGUGGAUCACGGAAGCAGAAGAGGCACUGGCUGAUAUGUGUGCUUCAGAUGGCAGUGCGCACCUAGAGAGAGCCAGGGUGCGUCCACGUGCAGGGGAACUGCAGGAAGGCAUCAGUACCCACCAGCCCGUCCUGGCAGCCGUAAACCGAACGGCAGAUGUCCUGAUGCAGAGACUCCGCCCCACUGAUGGAAACUUCCUGAAGGACCAGCUGACAGAUUUGAACCAGCGCUGGAGCUCCAUCCUGGCCGAGGUGAAGGACCGGCAGCCCAGGCUAAAAGAAGAAAGUAAGCAGGUGAUGGAAUAUAGAAACCAGCUAGACGAGCUUAUCUCCUGGUUAACAAAGGCGGAGAAUGCUGUGCAGAGGAGAAGCACCACUGAGCUGGAAGAAAAUCUGCAAGAAUUAGCAGAUUUGACCCAUGAGAUGGAUGCACAAGGAGAAAAACUCAAAUGGCUGAAUAGAACUGAGUUGGAAAUGCUUUCCGAUAAAAGUAUGAGUCUGCGUGAAAGAGACCAUCUUUCAGGAAGCCUCAGGGCGGCAAACACGAGGUGGAACAAGAUAUGCAGAGAAGUGCCCAGCAUCCCCAAGACGCGCACCCGGCAGCCCUGCUUUGAUUCCCAGACCAAGGUGACAGCUCAUCCUAAUGUCCAAAAGGUGGUGCUGGUUUCAUCUGCACCAGGUACUGCUGUGCGUACCCCAGAAAUCUCAGUUCCUGCUGACCUGGAUAAAACCAUCACAGAGCUGGCUGACUGGCUGGUAUUGAUCGACCAGAUGCUGAAGUCCAACAUUGUCACUGUUGGGGACGUAGAAGAGAUCAAUAAGACAGUUUCCCGGAUGAAAAUCACGAAGGCAGACCUGGAGCAGCGCCACCCUCAGCUGGAUUUUGUGUUCACGUUGGCUCAGAACUUGAAAAACAAAGCGUCCAGUUCCGAUGUGAGGACAGCCAUCACAGAAAAACUGGAGAAGGUGAGGAGCCAGUGGGAGAACACUCAACACGGCGUGGAGCAGAGGCAGCAGCAGCUUGAGGACAUGAUCGCGGACAGUUUGCAGUGGGAUGACCACAGGGAAGAGACCGAGGAGCUGAUGAGGAAGUACGAGGCUCGGCUGUACAUGCUCCAGCAGGCCCGGAGGGACCCGCUCAGCAAGCAAGCCUCCGAGAACCAACUGCUGCUUCAAGAGCUGGCUUCUGGCGACGGGGUCAUCAUGGCAUUUGACAAUGUCCUGCAGAAACUGCUGGAAGAAUAUGGCAGUGACGACACAAGGAAUGUCAAAGAGACCACUGAGUACUUGAAAACAUCCUGGGUCAAUCUCAAACAAAGCAUCGCCGACAGACAGAGCGCCUUGGAGGCCGAGCUGCGGACGGUGCAGGCCUCCCGCAGGGACCUGGAGAACUUGGUGAAGUGGCUUCAGGAAGCAGAAACCACGGUGAAUGUGCUGGCGGAUGCCUCGCAGAGGGAGAACGCUCUUCAGGACAGUGGCCUGGCCCAGGAACUCAAGCAGCAGGUGCUGGACAUCCAGGCGGAAAUUGAUGCCCACAAUGACAUAUUUAAAAGCAUCGACGGAAACAGGCAAAAGAUGGUGAAAGCUUUGGGAAACUCUGAGGAGGCCACCAUGCUUCAGCACCGACUGGAUGACAUGAACCAGAGAUGGAACGACUUGAAAGCAAAAUCCGCUAGCAUCAGGGCCCACUUGGAGGCCAGCGCUGAGAAGUGGAACAGGUUGCUGGCGUCCUUAGAAGAACUGAUCAAAUGGCUGAAUAUGAAAGACGAAGAGCUGAAGAGGCAGAUGCCGAUUGGAGGGGACGUCCCUGCGCUGCAGCUCCAGCAUGACCGCUGCAAAGCACUGAGGCGUGAGUUAAAGGAGAAAGAACAGUCUGUCCUGAACGCCAUUGACCAAGCUCGAGUGUUCCUGGCUGAUCAGCCCAUAGAGGCCCCUGACCAACCACGGAAGAACCUCCAAUCAGAACCAGAAUUGACUCCCGAGGAGAGAGCCCAAAAGAUUGCUAAAGCUAUGCGCAAACAGUCUUCUGAAGUCAAAGAGAAGUGGGAGAGUCUCAAUGCUGUGACAAGCAACUGGCAAAAGCAAGUAGACAAGGCUCUGGAGAGACUCCGAGACCUGCAGGGAGCUAUGGAUGACCUGGACGCAGACAUGAAGGAGGCCGAGGGCGUGCGCAACGGCUGGAAGCCCGUGGGAGACUUGCUCAUCGACUCUCUGCAGGAGCACAUCGAGAAAACCAUGGCAUUUAGAGAAGAAAUUGCACCAAUCCAGUUAAAAGUGAAAACAGUGAAUGACUUGUCCAGUCAGCUGUCUCCGCUUGACCUGCAUCCAUCUCUGAAGAUGUCCCGCCAGCUUGAUGACCUCAAUAUGCGAUGGAAACUUUUGCAGGUUUCUGUGGAUGAUCGCCUUAAACAUCUUCAGGAAGCCCACAGAGAUUUUGGACCAUCUUCUCAACACUUCCUGUCUACUUCGGUCCAGAUGCCAUGGCAAAGAUCCAUUUCACACAAUAAAGUGCCCUAUUAUAUCAACCAUCAAACACAGACGACCUGUUGGGAUCAUCCUAAAAUGACAGAACUCUUUCAAUCUCUUGCGGACCUGAAUAACGUGCGUUUCUCUGCCUACCGCACAGCCAUCAAAAUCCGAAGACUGCAGAAAGCACUAUGUCUGGACCUCUUGGAUCUGAACACCACAAACGAGGUUUUCAGGCAGCGCAAGCUAAACCAGAAUGACCAGCUCCUGAGUGUCCCUGACAUCAUCAACUGUCUCACCACGACUUACGAUGGGCUUGAGCAAUUACAUAAGGACCUGGUCAACGUUCCACUGUGCGUGGACAUGUGCCUCAACUGGCUGCUCAACGUAUAUGACACGGGUCGCACAGGAAAAAUCAGAGUGCAGAGUCUGAAGAUUGGACUGAUGUCUCUCUCCAAAGGUCUCUUGGAAGAAAAAUACAGAUAUCUCUUUAAGGAGGUGGCGGGGCCCACGGAGCUGUGUGACCAGCGCCAGCUGGGACUGUUGCUUCACGAUGCCAUCCAGAUUCCUCGGCAGCUGGGGGAGGUAGCAGCUUUCGGGGGCAGUAACAUCGAGCCCAGCGUGCGUAGCUGCUUCCAGCAGAAUAACAACAAGCCAGAGAUCAGUGUGAAAGAGUUCAUCGACUGGAUGCGUUUAGAACCACAGUCCAUGGUGUGGCUGCCCGUCUUGCAUCGUGUGGCAGCAGCCGAGACCGCAAAACAUCAGGCUAAAUGCAACAUCUGCAAAGAAUGUCCAAUUGUUGGGUUCAGGUAUAGAAGCUUAAAGCAUUUUAACUAUGAUGUCUGCCAGAGUUGCUUUUUCUCGGGUCGAACAGCGAAAGGGCACAAGUUACAUUACCCAAUGGUGGAAUAUUGUAUACCUACAACAUCCGGGGAAGAUGUGCGAGACUUCACUAAGGUGCUGAAGAACAAGUUCAGGUCCAAGAAAUAUUUUGCCAAGCAUCCUCGGCUCGGCUACCUGCCUGUGCAGACUGUGCUGGAAGGAGACAACUUGGAAACUCCUGUUACUCUCAUCAGUAUGUGGCCAGAGCACUAUGACCCCUCACAGUCUCCUCAGCUGUUUCACGAUGACACCCACUCGAGGAUAGAGCAGUACGCCACCCGGCUGGCCCAGAUGGAAAGGACAAAUGGAUCUUUUCUGACUGACAGCAGCUCUACCACAGGAAGUGUGGAGGACGAGCACGCACUCAUCCAGCAGUACUGCCAGACCCUGGGCGGGGAGUCACCGGUGAGCCAGCCCCAGAGUCCCGCGCAGAUCCUCAAGUCGGUCGAAAGGGAGGAACGCGGAGAGCUGGAACGGAUCAUCGCGGACUUGGAGGAGGAGCAAAGAAGCCUGCAGGUGGAGUAUGAGCAGCUGAAGGAACAGCACCUGAGAAGGGGGCUCCCAGUGGGCUCGCCUCCCGAGUCCGUCGUGCCGCCCCAUCACACCACCGAGGACUCGGAACUGAUCGCAGAAGCAAAACUCCUCAGGCAGCACAAAGGCCGGCUGGAGGCCCGGAUGCAGAUUUUGGAAGAUCACAAUAAGCAGCUGGAGUCGCAGCUACAUCGCCUCCGGCAGCUGCUGGAGCAGCCUGAAUCUGAUUCCCGAAUCAAUGGUGUCUCCCCCUGGGCAUCACCUCAGCAUUCUGCACUGAGCUACUCACUAGACCCAGACCCAGGUCCACAGUUCCACCAGGCAGCAGCAGAGGAGCUGCUGGCCCCGCCUCAUGACACCAGCGCGGACCUCACGGAGGUCAUGGAGCAGAUCAACAGCACUUUUCCGUCUUGCUGCCCAAAUGUUCCCAGCAGGCCACAGGCAAUGUGAAGCAUUCACCCAGCCAGCCACCACUUCCUGGAUUUCAGUAUUGCCCUUUUCUGCAGAUGCCAACCCAAGUCCCAUGCAACCCAAGCUCCCCGGCACCUUGACACACGCUGUUGGGCGCUGACUGUGUGUUCUACUGAGGGAGGAAAACACUGACGAUCCAAAGAGAAAGGAUAUUUUGUUUUAUAAUAGCCCUAUUUUAUUAUUUUCUUCUCCCCUUUCUAUGCAACUGUAAAUUAAUGAACAGAGAGGUAUUUGGAGAUGGAAAUACAUUUGUCCCUGAUUUGUAUAAUGUAUACAGUAUUGGGCAAGUGGGUGGGGGCUUUCUAAUAUGACAGUGUCUUUUUAAUAACCAUGAGAAACAUGCGUAAGAAUUUAGACCACUUCACAUUUUUACAUUCCUUUUGCUGUUCCUAUUAACCUUGUACAAUAACUUCAUUUGUUUCUUUGACUCUUACCAUUAUAUUUUGGUUAUUUAUUCAUCAGCCACAUAACCAAAUAGAUUCUGAGUAUUUGUUUCAUGAUUUGGCCAAAAUAAUAACUUCAUAUAUUUUAAUCAAAUGUUUUACAUUUAUGGAUGAAACAACAGCUCUGAACAUAGUUUUCAAGUUUAUUCAACAUCGAAUAUGUAUUUAAUGGCCACUUGACAAUCACAAACAGCCCUGUGAACCUAAUGGCAUGUCUAUUGGGAUUAUUUUCCCCUACUUUUUAUUCCUUUCUUGUAAGUAGGUCUUGAAUUCCUUAUUUAUUUCAUAUUGCAAUCUAGGUGAUAGAAAAGACUGCAUUGUAGCAAUCUCAAAAAAUCAUUUUACCAAAGGCUGACCAUUUGAGCAUGUUUUUAUUUUGGCAUAGGAACACUUGGUACCUACUUUAUUUAGUCUUUUGGUCAUGAAAUACAGAGCAGAUUUUUAUCCCUUAUGAUAUCAGACACAUCAUUAUCUUUAGUUCCUUUUGAAAGUAAUUUUAUUGUACUUUUUUGUAUUUCCAAGUUCUUUGUAAUCCUUGAAUCUCCUAAUUGUUUUCUUUCUGAAUUCAGACAUAACUUUCAUGCACAUUUCAUUUCUGGGAAAAUGGACCACAGUCACCUUACCCCUCACUUGAUCAACACACUUGGAAAGGAUGUUUAUCAAAAACCCAUACCACUGCUUCUUCGGAAGAAUGGAUGAAUGCAUAGAUGAUUGCAUCCCUGCCUCUACUUGUGAGCAUAUGCAAUGAAGAACUUGGGUCUGUUUUUUACUUAGUGUUUAAUUAGUUACCAAUUGUAGAGAGACCAAAAACAAAAGUGAAGAUAAUGUGUGUUGAUUUAAACAUACGUGCUUUUAAGGCAUCAGGACAUUUUAACUUUGGAUACUCUUUCACUGGGAUUUGGCCAGAAGGAGGCUUAAAGUUAGAGAUUGCUAUUCUUUUAUGAUUGGUUGGGUGGGUUGUGGGGCAAGGGUAUCUAUUUGCAGCAUAGAUAUUUUGAGAAGAAGAAAAUUGUUUUAUAUAAGAGGAAAGCCAUGAUCACCUUUCUACCUCAGAGCCAUCUUCCUCCAUCCUGUUGGACAUAGCUUUAUGACUACAGUCUGCAAAACCUAGGGCUUUCAUCAGGCCAUUUCAUACCCAAGAAAGCACCUAUUUAAGCAACAGCAGCCACGAUAUUCCCUAAACUCAGAACUCCAAGCUGUAGAUGGGGUGUCUUCCUUGUUCUUAAGUUGAGAAGUCGUGUUAAUUUUUUUUCUGCCUGUAUGUGUACGCAAAAUGUUCUCUAUCUGCUAUUACUGAGAAGCUACAAGAAACACUACACUGUAACCUUGUGAGGAAUUAUAAAAGAAGAAAUAUUGCAGUAACAACAGUGGAAAAUAAGCAUCUUGUUCUCUUGAAACAUGUGGUGAAGAACUAAUCAUAGACUGUCAUUUAAUCUGGUUACAUGUUGUAUUUUUCAUCCCAAAUAAAAGUAAUUUUAACACAAAA